AUGGCAGGAUGUUGCUGCUGCAUGUCGGCCGAGGCCAGGGAGAGCAAACACAUCAGCGACCAAAUUGAGACGCAGCUCAAGAAAGACAAGAAGAACUGUCGCCGGGAGCUCAAACUGCUUCUCUUGGGCACUGGCGAGAGCGGCAAGAGCACAUUCAUCAAACAGAUGAGGAUCAUUCAUGGUGGAGGCUACAGCGAGAAGGAAAAACAGAAUUACGCUAAACUAGUCUACCAGAACAUCUACACAUCCGUGCAGGCCAUGAUCCGAGCCAUGGAGACGCUGCGCAUCCCCUUCAUCGACACGAGCCUGAAGGCUAGCGCCGCCAUGCUGCUGGGGGUUGAGGUGCUGAAGGUGGAGCUCCUGAAUGACGAACACGUGGCGGCCAUCCAAAGACUGUGGAACGACGGCGGCCUGCAGGAAUGCUUCAACCGCCGGCGGGAGUACCAGCUGUCCGACUCCACCAAAUACUACCUCACAGAACUUGAACGCAUCUCGAAGCCUUCCUACGUACCUGACCUCCAGGAUAUCCUGCGGGUCCGGGUUCCCACCACAGGCAUCAUUGAAUACCCCUUUGAUAUGGAGAGUGUCAUUUUCAGGAUGGUGGACGUAGGCGGCCAACGCUCCGAGCGCAGGAAGUGGAUCCACUGCUUCGAAGACGUCACGUCCAUCAUGUUCCUGGUGGCGCUUAGCGAGUAUGACCAAGUUCUGGUGGAGUGCAGCAAUGAGAACCGCAUGCAGGAGAGCAGGGCCCUGUUCAAGACCAUCAUCUCGUAUUCAUGGUUCCAAAGCUCGUCCAUCAUCCUGUUCCUCAACAAGACCGAUAUCCUCCAGGAGAAGAUCCAGCAUUCCCACCUGGCUGACUACUUUCCACAGUUUUCGGGUCCUCGUCAGGACGCGUGUGCGGCUCAGGAGUUCAUCCUGAAGAUGUACCAGGACCAAAACCCGGACAGGGACAAGAAGCUGUACCCGCACUUCACCUGCGCCACUGACACGGAAAACAUCCGCUUUGUGUUCGCCGCUGUCAAGGAUACCAUCCUGAGACAGAAUCUCCAGGUCUUCAACUUGCUCUAA